CCACGGCGGACUCAUUCAGCAUCCAACAGCGCAAGACCUCGUUGCGCUUUCGUCAGACUGUCUGGUCUGAGCUCCACAUUUUGGUGUCUGGGAGAGAAAAAUGGCUCUGAGAGGAUCAGUUAUCCGGGCUCUGCUCAGAACCCAGCUCGGCCAUACGUGCCAACAAAGCAGGGCGCAAUCCGUGGCUGUGCUCGGCGCCCCGUUUUCAAGAGGACAGAAAAGAAGAGGAGUGGAACACGGGCCUAAAGUCAUCAGGGAUGCGGGGCUCAUCGAGCGGCUCUCCAGUUUGGACUACUCUGUGCACGACUUUGGAGACCUGAACUUCCACCACCUGGAGAAGGACGAACCCUACAUGGACGUGAAGUUCCCUCGCUCUGUGGGCGGAGCUAACAAGAUGCUGUCUGGUGCAGUGAGCAGAGCGAUCGGUGCUGGACACACUCUGGUCAUGCUGGGUGGUGAUCACAGCCUUGCUGUUGGAUCAGUAGGUGGGCAUGCCCAGCAGUGUCCUGACCUGUGUGUCAUCUGGGUCGACGCUCACGCAGAUAUAAACACGCCCAUGACUUCUCCAUCAGGAAACCUCCACGGCCAGCCAGUGGCUUUCAUGCUCAAAGAGCUGCAAGACAAGAUGCCAGAUAUUCCCGGGUUCUCCUGGACGAAGCCCUUCCUCUCCUCAAGGGACCUGGUGUACAUCGGACUGCGAGAUGUCGACCCAGGAGAGUACCACAUUCUGAAGGACCUGGGCAUCCAGUACUUCACCAUGAGGGACAUUGACAGACUAGGCAUCCAAAGAGUCAUGGAAGUCACUCUUGACCAUCUUCUGGCAAGAAAACAGCGACCGAUCCACUUGAGCUUUGACAUCGAUGCGUUCGACCCGUCUCUGGCUCCAGCUACAGGAACUCCAGUGAACGGAGGUUUGACCUACAGAGAGGGAAUCUACAUCACAGAGGAAAUUCACAACACAGGUCUGCUGUCGGUCAUGGACCUGGUAGAAGUAAACCCAGUCCUGGGGGCAAACCCCGAAGCCGUGGAAACCACCGCCUCUUUAGCCGUGGACGUCAUUGCGUCGUCUCUGGGCCAGACGAGAGAAGGAGCUCACGCCUCCAUCGACUCGAUUAACUCUGCGAAAAAUGACACAGAGCAGCUCUGCCUCUGAAAACACGGAGCAGAGCUAUGAACUUUAUCAGUGUCAUGCCUGACCAUUCCACAACUUUGAAGACAAGAUUGACCCUAUCAGUAGCUGACUUUUUAGUUUCUAUCUCUUUGCAGUUUAGCGUCGUUUAAACCAAAUUAUUUCUGGAUGCAUCAAACUACGAAAGGGCUUUAAAAAUGUUCCUAUUGGUAAUACUUAAACAAGCCUUUGAUAUAGUUAGAAACCACUACACUUAUUGAUGGGACUACUAUUAUGUUAAGCAGCAAUACUAACUUAUUUUGUUCCUGUAUGUCAUAACUUAAGUGUAAGAGAACACAGCUGCCACAUAUUUAUCAUGUGUUUGGCUUACAAGAAACUGAACCUGCCUCAGAGGUAUGAAAUACUAAGUUUGACUUAGUUUAUAAAGUUCGCAGUCUGAUGUGGACUUACACUGUUUUGUGGCUGUGCCAGUUAUAACUAGUCAUGUGCUGUCACUUUUGGACCAGUUAUGGUUACUGUAUUUACUUUAGAGUUUUACUUUUGUAUUUUCACAAUAUGUGUGUAUGAAUAUUUACUACAUGAGUGCUCAUGAAAACAGAAAGUAUCCAGCAUUCACGAAAAAGCUGGUAGGAAACAAGUGUUUGUAUAAUUAAGCUGAUUUACUGCUUGUUCGGUAUUUGACUUGAUGUGGCCACUGAAUGAAUAUUAUUCAAAGAACUUCUAUUUUGGUCUUCCAUAAAUGUGACUACAUUUUUUCUUCA